AUGGCAUCCAUGACGGGCCACAAGUUCUUGAGGCGAGUGGAAGACGUGAAGUGGAAGGGCCGAGAGGACGGCGUUCAGUACCUCCAGGACCUGGGAGGCUUUGUACCACCCACUGCCGAUUGCCUCACGGGUCCUUUGAACUACCUGGCAACUGUCGACGGCAGGAUCCUGGACUAA